UAUGUACAUGGCAAAAACAUUUUAUUCAUGAGAAGCUACAUAGUUAAGUGUUCACAUAGCUUGCAUUUAAAAUCGUUUUAAAACAUCAUUCAAAGAAAAAGACAAUUUGUUUAUAGUAAACGGGUAAAUGUGUCAUCAAAAUAUGACAAACAAACAAAAUAUGAAUUUCACCAUUAGCGGCAAUCCGGGAGGGGGGGGGGGUUGAUCCCCACUUGUGAUCAAAAUUCUCACAAAAUCGUCACCUAUGUUUUUCAUCAAUCUAUUUUUCUCCUUUCACAUAAAUCCAAUUUGUGAAACUGCAUACAGUCAGGUCAGACAAUCUGUUACAAAUGAAGCUACAUGUACUCCCUCAGUUUUAAGCUGUUACUCUUGUGAAAGUCUUGACCUCCAAAAAUCUUUUUUGGGGGCGGAGCUUAUGAGACCUUUCAAGCACUUCCGUAGAUAAUAGCGCGCUGCAUGCAAAUUGUCACACACUCAUCAUACAGUAUAGUUUGUAUUUCCGAUGAGUGUGUGUUUAAUUUGCAUUUUGUAUGUUGUGCGACAUGCGUUGCAUCACAUGCUCGACUGAACCUGAGGAUCUUCGGGAAAAACUGUGGACUCUUACAACUAAACCAUGUCUGAUGUAGACGAAGAUGGGAAGGGGGCGAUUUGGGGGGCAGAAGAAACUUCAUGUGCCGUUGAUAGUCUAGCCUUGUUUUACUUUAAUAAGGAUUCAUUCCCUCACCUAUAUUGUUAUAAUGGAUGAAAAAGACAAUCCGGUUAAAAAGGAGAGACAAUUCAUGAUCUUUCGGCCUCGGCGCAAAACGGUAAAAAGGUUGCUGAGUGGCUGAUCAAGGCGCAAUUGACAAACUAGCUGAGCGCCUCGUUCGGGGGGGGGGGGGUAUGUGUGUUGGCUGUGUGAGAAUAGUCAAAUGGGGCAAAGAAUACCACUUUUGGGCUGUCACACAUUUGCACUCUGAAAUUAUGCCAUUUUGGAUUUGUUGUCACAGGAAAAGAACAAAGGAUACGCAAUAUCUUGUCAUGCCAUCUUAUAGAAUAUAGUCUAUUCAAUUCCAAUUAUUAAAGUAUCCUUUUACUUGACCAACAAAUUGUGAUACAGUGGUUAUUAUGUGAAAAGGAACAUGAGUCAUGCUUCUUUGGAAAGAAUAGCUAUAUAAAUAAUUUGGCUUUAAUCUAAAAUGUAUUUUUUUAAAUGUCACAAUGUUGAUGGUAACUAGUUUUGUAUACAUUGUAAUGAGGCGUAAGUUGACUUACUGUUAUUUUAUUUUCAGAAUAUCAGCCAGAUGCAAUGUAGAACGGAAAUACAAUGCAUCACACCUGUUCGUUUGAACAGCAAGGGUAUAAAUGUAAUGUGCACAGACACUACAGAUCAGUGUUACGGAUACUACAUAAGGCUUCAACAAGCCAAACUGUACCUAUUGUUGCUCAACAAUGUUUAAAAAAUAAACACUGUCAAUGUUAAAGAUUCCCUCCUCAUUGCAUUUGUAUUAUGCCAGAGAAAGUUAGAUUGUCAAAACAGGCACCAACAAAAAGAGAAAUGUACAUACCAUCCAAACCAAAGGAGAUCUGGGGCCCGUUUAAUAAAGGACUUGCAACUGUUGUAACUUUGUCAUAAUGGCAACUACCAUGGCAACAGGCCUCAGCAGCCAAUCAUAAUCAAGGUUUCCAUGGUAGUUGCCAUAAUGACAAAGUUACAACAGUUGCAAGUCCUUUAUGAAAUGGGCCUGAGUUGUGGGAUGAAGUCUGUUCACAUAUUUAUGCUCCCACCCAAUAUCAAAGUACAAGCAUGUGCUAUUUCACUUUAUAAUUCUAGGAACGAGAAUACAAGAGAGUCCUGCUGCUAUGCUUACAUAUUCAAAUACAUAUUUGUUAAAACUACAAUGUGUGGCUGCCUCUACUUAGGUAAUUAUCUAGAGGAGUUUCCAAAGAUUUGUCUCAUAGAUGAGGAGUUUCCGAUCCAUUUUUAUAUGUGACUUAGAUUUGGAAACUCUUCUAGUUAAUUGAAUAACUAGAGGCAGCCACAAUACAUUCAAAUACAUUUAAGCGUCAAGCUGAAUAAAUGUUCUAAAAGCUUUUCAAUGGAGAGAAAAGAGAAGGAAGAAUGCAGAUCUCUUGCGAGCCAGGCAACAAAGUGCAGUUCCAAAGAGUCCUUCGAGCUGGAAAUGUUAGAGCUGAAAAAGAAGGCAGACGCUGUGCAAGCAAAACUCUCUUGCAAGGAAAAAGAACAUAGAGUAAGAGAAAUCAAAUGAAAUGCUACGAUGGCUCAAGAAGAGUACCAAGAGAUGCAAGAAGCGUCUGCAAAACAGAAGCAUUGUUAGUCCGCGAAACAGAACUUUCUGAAAAUGAAGCUCAUUUAGGUGCUGAAAGAAUUAAGAAUGGAGAAGGGAAUAGAGAAAUCAUUCUUUUUGGAAGGACUUGGGAGUCAAGUAAGUAGCUGAUAUGGAGAGAUUUUCAAAGUGAAAUGAGGCAGACGUAAUGCCCCCGCCAAACCCUUUUUUAAAAUGCAAACUUCUGGGUACAUCUCGAAGGCCCUGUCUUGGGUAUGGCAAACCCGAAAGUUAAGAAAAUAUCAAGAGAAGGCUAACACCAACAAGGCUAAGCCAGAUUAUGAGAAGAAAACUUUGAAAAAUUCCAUUAAUAUUAAGAAUUUUAAAUGAUCUUUAAAUGAAUGUGCAGGAGACACACAGUCUGAUAUGCUAUAUUUCAUACAUGCAUUUAAUUCAUUCACCAUGUAAAUGAAUAGCAACUUAUGUCAUUCAUGAUACUCAGGACUCAAUGGGGCAGCUCACAAGUGAUGUCACAUAAAUAAAACAUAAUUCAGUUAUCAUUUUGAUGGUUUUUCACUAAAUCUCCAAAGAUAUGGUUUCCUUAUUUUCUUGCUUUUAAAAUCAAUUUGACAUUACAACGAUAUUUGCCUUUAAAAAGAACCAAACAUGAAAAUAUAAAUCAAAUACAAUACUUUAUCAUAUCCACUUACAUUCCUUUUGUAUCUCGAGUCCAUUGAACAAACCAUUCCUUUUUCAAUACAGGAGUGUGGUGAAAGUGACAGACACCUAGGAAUGGAUCGAGGGAGAACUGGGACAUGAUCCACCUGGAAAUCGACUAUGCGAGAUGUACCAUGCGGGGAGAUGUGCCAGGAAUGGUAGGGUAGGGAAGGCCAGAAUUCACCUCUAGAGUUGAUGAGAAGUUUGUGAAACUGAUCAAAGAAGUCCAGUCACGACAAUGCCUAAGAAGAGGUGUGCUCGAAAACCUAUUUGUUCCAGGGAUGAACAAAGAUUCACUUAAAGCAUGCUCAGAUAUUGAAAAUUGUUGUUUUGCUUAAGUACUAAGAAAAAUAAAUAAGCACAAAACUAGUGCUUCUAUAUGCAUGGUGUGUAAUGAAUGCUAAGUGAAACUUUUAAAGAGAUACAUUUUGCAAUUACCUUCAUUUUCGAAUCAAGCACUCAAUGUUAUUAUGUUACACAUUGGCCCAGCGGCGGACCGUGACCUGGAGGAGACAAUGAUUUGAGGGGCACUGUAUUGUUUGUGAACAAUACUGUGCCCCUCCAAAGCUUUGUCUCAUCCGGGUCACGGUUAGCCUCUUGUCGAGGCCCUGGUUGCUUCCCGAGCAAAGCGAGGGAUAUCCUAAUUCGCGAAGCGCUUAGCCUGACGCGAGCCAGGGCCUCUUGACAUCUGUGCCGAGUUAUAUAUUCAUGAGGCACGUCUUCCUAAUGAAUAUAGAUGAGCUCAUGAAUAUUUAACGGUCACCUCGUAAAUUGACCAAUGAAAUGUCAAAGCUGUUUCGUCCGUGGUUUGGAAUAGUCCACUAUUUUGCAGGGGAUCGAUUUAAUUGUGGAAGAUUCUUUUUUUUUUUAAUGCAUUGAAAAAUCAUUUUCUGACAAAAGCAGUAUUCACAUUUCUUGUAAAAAAUCUGGUAUUAGAGAAAUUGUAUUGUAUUGUAUUGAAUAUCUAUUUUGAAGAAUAAUAUGGAACGUAUCCCUAUUUUCACCCCCGUCUCUUCGCUCAAUUGUGGACGAAUCUUUCCCUCUGUCCCGCGAAGUUUUGUUUAGUCUUUGAUAAAGUCAUUCUCUAGAAGAAAACAGAGCGAAAUCAUGGACUAGAUGCUAAAAAGUACUCUAUGUUGUUCGGGUGUCAUAUAUUAGACGGAAAUACGUACAGAGAUAAAGACUAAGACAAAUUUAUUUCCAAAACACAGCUGAUUUUGCGAACACGUGUGUGAACACUUUCGAUGGAGUUGGAGUUUUCACGUUUCAAUUACAAGCAUUGAAUGAUCAAUUUUCCACUGAAUUAUAGGAAGUUUUGGAUGUAUAUUUGUGUUCGAUGGGCCACGCUAAGACGAUCUGAUAAAUUAUUGGACAUUAGUUAGCUCAGACAGUAUGAUUUAUCUUCGCAUUCCAUUUCAACAAGUUUCGAGUCCAUGUCAUGAUGCUGCUUGCUGGUAAGAUCAACAUACCUAACGUUACCCCUACAAAACCCGUCGUGAUACGGCCGGGAAGAGGACGUCCCAGAGCAACUGACCGUGUGUGUUGUGUGUGCAAUAGAAACGUAAUUUAGUUUAAAAAAUAUUGCAUGGUUGAGGAUGAAAUCUCCUCAAAGUUAAAUGAGUUAUCUGAAAGAAACACAGAUUUUUCAUGCAAGAAGAUUUGUGGUCUAUGCAAAUCAAGAUGAUGAAGAUCUACCGGAAAGACGAGUUAAGCGGAUGAUCACUGAAAGCCCAUCCAAAUUGAUGAGGCAGCAGAAACGGUCUGGAAGUGGAAAGUCAACAGCAGCAACAAGCCCUUUGUCAAUUAAUCCGAGCAUAUGUGCCCCAACAGUCAAGAGAAAGCAGCUCCAAUUCAAAGAAAAAACAAGAGAAGAGGUACGUGUAACUGUAAGAAUUUUUGUUCAUUAAUUUCUUUUCUGCUUAUUGAGAAACCAUUUCCUUACAGACAAAUGAAUCAUCUUAAUGACUAUCACCAUAACCCCUUGCUAAAUUAAAUUUACCUCAUAGAAGUGCGUAGUAUCUCGGACUUAAACACCAAGUGCUUAAACCCACACUGCCAACUUCUGUAAUGAUAAAUGAACUACAUACGGCUUUGGAUCGAGGUGAUCUCCACACUGUCGUUCACCAUGUGACAUCAUCACCACUUCUACGUAAUGAUUUCAAUGAGUGUCUGUCAAAGGAGAUCAGUGCAGAAUGUUCUUACCUGUGUAGCAUGCAGAAUAACCAAUCAAUUUUUCGAUUGAACAAGCCAUUUCUUUUUUUAAUACAGGAGUGUGAUGAAAGUGACAGACAGCUGGGGAUGGAUCGAGGGAGAAUUGGGGCAUAAUCCACCUAGAAAUCGACUCUGUGAAAUGUACCAUACGAGUAUGGAUAAAAACAGUCAAGCAAGGAUAACAAGGGCCUUUCUCGGCCAGGAAACCAACUUCGCUGUGUCAUCACAACUCAAAGGAAAUCAACUUUGCUGUGUGAUUGCAACUGUUGCCUUCGGCCUCGGAAUAGAUUUGUCUGAUGUUGAUAUAAUAUUUCAUUCAGGUGUACCCUGUGACGUCAUGACAUACUGGCAAGAUGUGCCAGGGAUGUUUAUCAACCUCAACCAGAUCAAACAUGUACCAGGGAAAGGUAAUCCUGCUGACCCUUUAGUUCAUCUUCCCAUGGUCAAUGCACCGCGACGUGAAUGCGACAUCGCAGAGGACUACAUUGACAUACACGGUUCCUCGAGCAAUGACACAGAGCAAAAUUGA